UUGUUGCAAAUAAAGAAAAUAACAAAAGCUUGGGACAAUAUUUCAAGUUUAUAAGCCAUAUUAAGUUAGCACAAACUAGCAAGAUAUUGAGAUUGAGAAAGAGGCAGAUAAUUUCAUGGGGAAACAAAGGUUUAGAUUAUCACAUAUGAUACCUAAUGUUUGGUUUUAUAGGCUUAGAGAUAUGAACAAGAAGACUAUCUCAACUUCAAAGCAACUACAAAGCCAACCAAGAAACUCCUUUUGCUACACCCCUAAAAUUUACUCUUCACCCAUAAACAAUAAGCUACCUUCUUCCAAGAAUGUGCUCGGUUCAAUCUAUAUUCAACCAACCGAGUCAACUUAUGCCGAUCAAGAUUUGUUUCUUUCGCCUACUAGCAGCUGUUACUAUGAAACUCCCUUGAACGAGACGACUAAGUUGUUGGAUGGACGACCUUCCACCACUUAUAGUUGUGGAGUAAUUAGUUCUUCGUCGACUGAUGUUAAAAUAGAGUUUAGUGAGAGAGCAUAUACUAACAAGAAGAUACAAGAUUCAAGUGGCUAUGAGUUGAAUCAAGAGAUCAUUGAAUUUCAAAUGCCUCCUGAAAUUGUAACAAAGUCCAAGAGGGACGAUACAUCUACUGCUAUUGCCAAGAAGAAUGAAGAAAAUAGUAGCCAAAGCUCAAUUUCCAUCAAAAUUGUCAGAAAAACUAGGCGCAAAAAACCAGUUCCACGAGUUAAAAUGAUCAGCGCAAGUUCUUCAGAAAAAGAAGUAUGCAAAACGAGCGUUCAUGAUCAAAAGAAGUUGUCGAGUAAUUGCUGCGUUGUGAAGGCAACAUUUGAUCCAAGGAAGGACUUACGAGAAUCUAUGAUAGAGAUGAUUGCAGAGAAUAAUAUCCGGGCUUCCAAAGAUUUGGAAAAGCUUCUUGCAUGUUACUUGGCUUUAAAUUCAUACGAGUAUCAUGAUAUGAUCAUCAAGGCAUUUGAAGAAAUAUGGUUGACUUUGGACUUUGUUUAAGGGAUGAAUUUGUAAGUGUUACUGAUUUCUGCUAAAACAUAUUAUGUCAUCAUGUACUUUGUGUAUGUUCUCUGCUGGCUAAACAUUGUAUAUUCUAAUGUAAAAUUUGUUCAAACAA